CAACCUCCACAGAGCAGUAGAAAAACCUCCGCGGAAAAGUUAAGAAAAACACCUUUUUUUUCCACUUAUCAAGUCGCUGAAUACAUCAAGUUCAAUCAUGGAGGCCGAAGGUUUGCAUCUAAAUAUCGACUACGUCGGAUCCUGUGGUAUUUUGUUGAGCACGGAGCAGAAAGCAGCGCUCCAAAGCUCCCUUGUGAUUCUGCGGAAUCAUUACAAAUUUAAUCGGGUGUUUUUCUGGGGAAAGAUUCUGGGCAUCAAGGGAGAUUAUUUCAUUGCUCAGGGUACCGGCAGUGAUGAGAUGGCCGACAAGAAAACUUUGUACAGUAUCGACUGCGUCACAUGGGGACUUCUGCCACAAGCGACACAAGCCAUCCGAGAGCAGUGCUCAGUGGUGAAAGGAAGGUUCCUUGGUGAUCCAUCUCAUGAGUACGAACAUGUAGAGAUAAAGAGAAUCGGAGAAGGAGAAGAUGCAACCGAGGAAGAGAGCAAUAUCAUGAUUAAGGAGGAGGAUCGUCUCGCUUCAGUUAUUGCGCACAUCGAUGAAGAGGUUGCCAUUGUUCCAAGAGGGUCAUACGUCAAGACGCCUCAUGGAACUGUUCUCAAGAAUCGCAGCUUUGAAGGAUUGUCGGUGACAGAAUCGGGUAAACUGCACAACUACUUCCACUUCAGAGAGCCUGUACGUCUGAAUGAGAAGAGCCUACUUGAGAAAGCUGACCUUGAUAAGUCCAUUGACUUCCUGGAUCCCAUCAGUGAAGAUAUCCCAAGAGGAGGUUCAUGGAGUCUGAAGUUUGAGAGAGGCAGUGGUCUUGUUUGCAUCAUGAGUACUCUGUGGCCCGGCCUUUCAUUCUACCACGUCCCUCACUCGCAGAAGUUUGGCUAUGUCUACUUCGGGACUGGUGAAAAGAACAAAGAUCUGCCGUUCCUACUGUGAGCCAGGAAUAUUGUUGAGUUGUGCAGUCUCUAAAAUACUUCCAUGAAAGCAAAUUCUAGGGGGAACUUUUGAAAAUGUUUAUAUGGUGCCAUUUAAGAAACAUGAAUGGUUACAGAUCCUUGUCACUUGAUACGUGGGACAAAGCUUCAAACUUCAUAUUGUACAGGCACCCAUCCAAUAUGGAUAACUAAUGGACUUUUCAUACCGUCGUUCCCGAACUUAAUGUUCGUUUUUGAAAGGGCAAGGGCUCCAAGGCAGUUUCUCCUUGAUAAAGAGGAAAUUGUAAGUUUUAAACUUCUACUGUUGGAGGGCACCAAGGCAAUGACCAGACAACAGGGAGGCAAUUGCCCCCAUUGCCUCCCUGAAGUAUCAGGCCAAUCAUUUUACACUGGCGUCUACAUGGAGUCAUCCACAGUAUUAAGACGUUUUGAAAUUUUUUUAGAAUAGAUGGAGGACGAGUUUACGCCUCUAUUUAUUCUUUCAUGUGGUUAAAAAAAACAAGCGACAAGGAUUUAUAUGAAAGUUUAAAAAAAAAAUAUUGAAUGCAUUUUAUCUAUGCAUUGCCUCAGAAUAUAAUCACUCGGUGAAAUCUAGAUCACCAUUUCACUUGCUUUUUGAAAUAUAAUAGUCCAGAUUUCUACAUAUUCUACAUCAAUGCACUGACAUGAAUCCAAUAUUUGUAUAGUUGAAAGGUUUCCUCAAUUUCGGUGGGCUAUGGCCAACCAAUCCUCUCAAAAGAUACUGUUAUUUAUGGUUUUUUUUAAAUUAAUUUUGAACUUUUAUUACAUUGUUUUUGUAUUCUAUGUUAAUAUUACAAAGUUACUUAACUCUUCAAAAUUAAAUUUAAUAAAAAAGAUAUUCAAAGAUUCCGUCCAUAAAAACAAAACAAGUUGAACAGAUAAUAAAUCAUAUGGUCAAAUAAUGUCUGCAGCAUGUACACGUACAUGUAAUUUGUAGCUACUUGCCAUAAUUCUGUCGUGUUUACAUUUCAAUGGCAUUAUUAUUUCAAUGAACUAGUCUGUUGUUGUUUUAUCAACAAUUAUCCUUUGGCGAGAUUCUUGAUUAAACAAACAGGUAAUGGACUUUUUUAACCAAUACUGUCAUUCUUAUCCAAAGUUAUAUAGAGAACAUUUUCUUGGCUAUAUACAUGUACAUAUAAAAUGUUUUUGUGUUAAUAAACAAGAGUUGAACUAA